AUGGCGCUCGACAGCUACUAUGCAAACAAGAUCGAGGCGAUGAAGCUUGAGAUCCUCAAGGGCCAAGCCGUUCUCCGCCGUCUCGAAGCACAGCGAAAUGACUACAAUUCGAGGGUCAGAUUACUGCGCGAGGAGCUCGGUCUGCUCCAACAACCUGGAUCAUAUGUCGGUGAGGUCGUCAAGGUCAUGGGCACGAAGAAGGUCCUGGUGAAGGUGCAUCCGGAAGGCAAAUAUGUUGUCGACGUUGCCGAAUCAGUCGACAUAGCAAAGCUCACCGCUGGCAAACGAGUGACCCUAUUAUCCGACUCGUACAAGCUUGAGAAGCUGCUACCAUCCUCUGUCGACCCCCUCGUCUCCCUCAUGAUGGUCGAAAAGGUCCCGGACAGCACAUAUGAUAUGAUUGGUGGUCUGGAUCAGCAGAUCAAGGAAAUCAAGGAAGUCAUCGAGCUCGGUCUGAAGCAUCCCGAGCUGUUCGAGUCCCUGGGCAUUGCGCAGCCAAAGGGUGUCCUGCUUUACGGCCCGCCCGGUACAGGAAAGACCCUUCUGGCAAGAGCAGUUGCCCACCACACAGACUGCAAGUUCAUCAGAGUUUCUGGUUCCGAGCUUGUGCAGAAAUAUAUUGGUGAAGGUUCUCGAAUGGUGCGAGAACUGUUCGUAAUGGCUCGAGAGCAUGCACCCUCCAUCAUCUUCAUGGACGAAAUCGAUUCCAUUGGUUCUUCGCGUGUAGAGGGAUCGUCGGGCGGUGAUUCGGAAGUCCAGCGCACCAUGUUGGAACUGCUGAACCAGCUCGAUGGUUUCGAGCCUACCAAGAAUAUCAAGGUUAUCAUGGCCACCAACCGUCUUGAUAUCCUAGACCCCGCGCUUCUACGACCCGGCCGUAUCGACCGAAAGAUUGAGUUCCCGCCGCCAUCUGUCGAAGCCCGUGCCGAUAUUCUGCGCAUCCACAGUCGCAAGAUGAACUUGACUCGCGGCAUCAAUCUGACCAAGAUUGCCGAGAAGAUGAAUGGCUGUUCCGGUGCCGAACUCAAGGGUGUAUGUACAGAGGCUGGUAUGUACGCGUUGAGAGAGCGGAGAGUCCACGUGACCCAGGAGGACUUCGAGUUGGCAACAGCCAAGAUUCUGAACAAGCACGACGACAAGGAGGUUUCGCUCCAGAAAUUCUGGAAAUAA